UUUAACAAUUAUAAUUUUGUUUAAUGUGCUGGUGGGUUAUCAUUAUGAAGUUAUAUUUUGCAGGAAUUGAUGGUAUUUGUGGCUAAAAACCACAAUUCUGACAAAGUAAGUCUUUGCAAUAAUACUUUCUGCAUUUUAGGUGUGUAAAUAAUAAACAGAAAAGAAAAAAAAUUCAUGCAUUGUAAUGUUUUAAGCUGUAGAAGACUUAUUACAUAUCGAUAUCAUGGCAAGCACAGAGCCACCGAUACCACACAGAGCUCAUUGUUGGAGGAGAACAUCUACGAAGUUGUUAGAAGAAUCUGAAACAAGAAUGCUGGAAGGUGUGAAAAAUCCAAUUGAAACUUCUUUUACAAAAAUAUCCCAUGGCAACCACAUACGUACAAUUAAAGUAGGAAAGCAUUCCGAUCGGAUUCCACUGGUGUUACUACACGGCUUCGCGGGAGGUCUUGGAUUUUGGACUUUAAAUCUCGAUUCGUUGUCUCAAAAACAAAACGUCUACGCCAUCGAUAUACUUGGUUUUGGGCGUAGUUCGCGACCAAAAUUUUCAGCAGACCCAAGCGAAGCAGAAGCCGUAUUCACGAAGUCUCUUGAAGAAUGGAGAAUAGAAAUAGGGUUGGAAGAUUUUAUCCUCGUAGGUCAUAGUUUUGGCGGAUAUCUCGCAGCGGCUUAUACACUUUCGCAUCCCAAGCGAGUUAAACACCUAAUUCUUGUUGAUCCAUGGGGAUUUCCCGAAGUUCCCGAACCGGGUGACGAGCCUAUUCAAAUACCCGGCUUUGUAAAGUUGUUGGUGAAUGCGAUAACCUCUUUUAAUCUGUUGGCUGUUAUAAGAGCAGCUGGACCGCUCGGACCUGGUUUAGUAAAAAGAGCUAGAUCUGACUUGAAAUUAAAAUUUGAGCGUAUAUAUGGUGAAGGUGAUGCAAGAAUUAUGGAUUACAUUUAUCACUGCAACGCACAGGAUCCCAGUGGUGAAACCGCUUUUAUGAACAUGGCCGACAUCAAUCCAUUUCCUUACGCCAAAAACCCAAUGAUAACCCGUUUAAAAGACAUUCAAACAUCGAUUUCGCUUUUUUAUGGCGAAAAGUCAUGGAUGGAACUAAUAUCGGACUUUAAUUCGCUUGUUAAUGUGCAUGAAGACAUCACAGUUGAAGAGUUAAAAGGAGCUAGUCAUCAUGUGUAUGCUGAUAACUCUGACGAAUUUAACGAAGCUGUCAAUAAAAUUUGCGAUAUAAAAGAAUUUGAAAGACAUUAUCAUAUUUCGCCAUCCAAAAUAAAUAAGGAAACGUCUGUAUAGUGUUUCAAAGACACGUAUAAGAUUACGCUCAUAGCGGUUGCCAUGUAAAUGCAAACUUCUACGUAGGCCCUGUUUUCGCUUUUAGAUGUUCACACGAAAAAAAAGUCACAAGGGAUUGCCUUGAGCACUUGUACGAGUCUUUCCUGAAAUAAGUAUUCGUGUUUGAAUAAAAAUGUCUUAAUAGCAAUAAAAUCUUAAAUCUCAGUAUCCAACCUCGUCCCUUCUGGCUUUUUGUAUUUGGACAGUCGUCUAAAUAUAAAAGGUCUAACAAGUCCUGGGAACGAGGUUGUGUCAUAUCUUAAGGUCUUCUACAUUAAAAUUCAAUCAGCAAAAAGGGUGACUAUUUACAUGAUGUUCCAAUUUGGGUUGAAUUUAAUUUCGUAGGUGAAGUGGCCCGUAAAGGACCACUACUUUGUUUGUCACUUUGGGCAUGCGCACUGUUUAAACACCGCAUUUCACUCUCGUGUGAAAGGUUUACAUGGAACUUUCGCACUAGCUGAAAUUUAAUUUUGGUUAAAUGAAAUUUCAGCAGAAGUGACUUUCUCUUCGCCUGAAGUAAUGAAAACUCGUGUUAACUGUGAAAUACACCGUAAACUGGAUUGACUUAAAUUGGUUCGAGCUCACUUUGGGUAUCAUGUAAACAGUCUCCUAUGUUUUUUUAACCGCUGAAUUUUUCUUAACUUUUUUUUUUACUCAACAAACAAUUAUAUUAUAAUUUAAAAUGCUCCUAAUUUGAAUAUUCUCUAUUUAUAUUUAUAAUAUUUUCAUUUUUAAUAUUUAUUUUUGGUCUCGUAACUUGCAAGUUUUGCGCUUUCUGUCGCCUACUUUGGACAUUCGUUCAGCGGUAACGAACGUGUACGUAUAUAAAAAAUAAUCAACAUAAAACUUAUAUUGUUCAGUUAAUUUUUGUUUGAAAUAUCUUUGUACAUUUUCUUUAAAAUAAUUUUAUUUAUAUCAAACUAGACUAUUGUUCACUAACAACAUAACAAGAACCUAACGAAACUUACCCGCCCUUUUUUCCUGGAAUUUUCAAGGCUUAAAUCUAAUUUAACGAGAUAGACUGUGUGAAACCGUCUUGUUUUAUUUUAGUUAUAGGAAAUAAUACCUGAAUUUACAUAUUCCAUAUCAGCUUUUAAAAGUUUUAAAGUCGCUAUUUUUUAUAUUCCCGCCAUUCGCUAGAAUUCUGUACGUUGAGCUAACUGGUCAUGUUCAAGGUAUUAAUAAAAAUUAACUUUCAAGCCGGUAAAAAUGAGAACUUUGUUACUUCUCCUUUUCUUGAGUUGGCUUUCUUUCUUUCUGCAAAAAGUUGACAGGAUUAAAGGGAUACCCUUUUUUAUUUAUGUUUUUUUACUACGCUAUUUUGUAUAUUUUGCAUACGUCUCAAAUACGAAUUUUUUUUUAUUUAUCUGGAAUUUUCGCAUAAUAAUUUAAUCUGUAGUAGUCUGAAAAAAAAUAACAAGGACAAUGUUGCAUUGUAGUGAAGGCA